AUGCGCGCUCGCUUCCCUCAGCGACGGGGGGCGGUGGGGGCUCUGGUGCUCUCUCUCGUGGUCUUGUGUGCCCUGCGGCCCAGCAGCAUAGAAAACGCGGCCAUGGCGAUGCUUGUUCUGACCGACGACCUCGGUUUUGACACAAACAACUCGGGUUACAUCAAUCGCACAGAGCUGACUCAAGCCGCUCAAAAGGUCAAAUUUGCCGGUGUGUCUUCUGACCAUGUGCUCAACGUGCUGGACGACUCGCGCGACGGUCGCGUGAGCUUCCAGGAAUUUGCCGAAGCCACCGUCUACACCACCAACCGUCGGGGGCAAUCCACCGUCUAUGCCAGCGCCCUCAUUCGCCUCGUGGCCAAGUCCUACGUGCGCAAGAACGAUGACGAGUCUGACAGCUAUCUAGCCUCGUACAAGUUUUGGCCGCCGCCGCUCUUUAUGAUUUGCUUUUCCAUUGUUGAGAUUGCCCUCUUUGCUUAUUUUGCUCAGCGUGAAUGCGGCCCCAACGACCAUGACAACGUGGGCUUGGAAUGUCCCCUCAGCUUUAGCAGCGAACUGGCGUUUCGCCCCGGUUGCCGCGAAGAGGUUUGGCGCUUCAUCACCUACAUGCUCGUUCACGCCGGCAUCUCGCACAUCCUCUUCAACGUUCUCCUGCAGGUCCUGCUCUUUGCGUAUCUUGCCUUUUCUCUCUCUCUCUCUCUCUCUCUCUCUCUCUCUCUCUCUCUCUCUCUCUCUCUCUCUCUCUCUCUCUCUCUCUCUCUCUCUCUCUCUCUCUCUCUCUCUCUCUCUCUCUGCUCACUUGCUUCUUCGGUCUUUGACCCGGAGACCAACCUCGUCGGUGCCUCGGCUGGUGUCUACGCCUUGGUUGGCGCCCAUGUUGCCGAUGUCUUUCUCAACUGGUCCGAGAUGCCAUUCCGCUGGCCACGUGCCAUCGUGUUGGGCGUCUUGUUUGUGAUGGACUUUUCCAUCUCCUUGUAUCAGCGCUACGGCACCGAGUCUGGCAGCAACAUUUCCUACACUGGUCAUCUGGCGGGCUUUAUCAUGGGCUGUACGCUUGGGACCCGGAUUCUCAAGAAUUUGCGAAACACCGACUAUGAGGCCAUCGUGGCCUGGGUGGGCAUUGGCAUUGCAACAGUGGGGGUGAUCUUCGCCCUGUUCUGGAACAUUUUCUAUGAUUACAAAACGGAUGGCUGCCCGGCUCCAUAGAGCAGCGCAGGAAGGAUGCCGCCUUUCUCGUUGUUGCUUUGAAUUGGUGUGGUCGUCGUCGUCGUUGUUGUUUUGGUUUUCUUUGACUUGUUUUGACGUUUUCUUCGUACGCCUUGCGGCACGAGAUCAGAUUUGCCCCAAGGUUCGCCCAGUGUAACCGAGAACUGACUUUUCCGCUCAACUGUGUUUGUGUCGUGGCUGCCCAACUGUGUGCCGUUUCGGCCAAGAAUUCUGAUGAAUCAUAAUGA